CAGGGAGAUGCAAAGAUUUGAGGAGCACAAUUAUCCUGCAGAGAUUCAGUUUUCUCCUCUCCGACUCAGAAGCCUUUUAUAAAAAAAAAUUUAAGAAGCAGUUUUCUUUUACAGUGCAUUUCACCCUCAUCCACCAACCCUCAGUGAGUUCUUCACAACAUGGCAGGUCAGACAAUGGGAGCUAUCAUCCAUCCAGUGCCCUCUCUGCUAGGUUUAGAGUCCAGGGAUCUGGGAGGAGCCGGAUUCUUUGCUGAUGAGGCUGUUUCCAUACUGCACUCUACAAGCCGACUGGCAAAGACCCUCCUUGGUCACACCUUUGCCCUCAAAUCCAAAGAGCGCCUUGUCGUUGCUGAAGUUAUGGCUGCAGGCAGAUGUGACAAAGACAAAUGCAGCAAUGCACACCGCAAACGGGAGUUCAUCUGCAGUGAGAAAAAAGAUGAAGGAUACUGGGAUAAGAGGAGGAAAAACAAUGAGGCAGCUAAACGGUCCAGGGAGAAGAGACGAGCAAAUGACAUUGUGCUGGAGAGCCAGGCCCUGGGUCUGCUGGAGGAGAACGCCUGCCUGAGAGCAGAGUUGUUAGCACUCAAAUUUUGCUUUGGCCUGGUCGACCAUUCAUCUGAUGUGGCCAUUUUACCUCUGACUGCACCCCUUUGUGGUCACCUACAUAAGAUACAUAGCUACCAAGCUCACACUGUUGGCCCCUCACUUCUCAAUACUCAGCCCAGCACCAGCAUUUACCAGGUCCAGCCUCUGGAGCUGGGUAUCACUUGUAGACCAAUGACAGCUGAGCCAUUCUUAAAACAUAGCACAUCUGCGGAGCCUGGUGUCUCUACUUUAAGCAGCUCAAAGAUGGAAAGCCCUGUGUUUUUUGAUGACACACUUGACAAGUGUGGAAGGCCGUCUCUAAGAGGAGACCAGCAGGACUGUAACUCACAGGUUAGUUGCGUGGAGAUCAAUGAGAGACAACAACAAGAAUCACUUGAGAGUUUGAAGAGCCUCCCACACAAACUCCGCUUUAAAAUCCAUGGAGGGAGCAGCAGUGGAAGGGAGAUGCCUCCAUCACCUUACACCAGGUACUGUGGUCCACCUGUAGCCAUGGUGGGACCAAACAUCCAGAUGAAAAAUCCCCAGCAGAUGGGAUGGGAUGGUCAAACAGAGAGUUAGCCUCCCUAUUUCACAGUGGAGGCCUGUAAUGGACUUGGAUAGCCAUACCAGAGUUCAUCCUGUGGGGUAUCAUAACUCCUCAUUUUAGCAGGACUCAAACAGCCUUUGACAGAGGGCAUUAGUCUGAGGUCAAAGAUCAGUUAUUUCUCUCAGGAAGUGGCUCAACCUAAUAGCCUCCUCGUUCAGCAGCUGCUCUGUAAGAUCAAGUAAUACCUCAAAUUCAGACAAAAGCUAACACAAGACAUCCCUCCAAACUUCUCUUAUACUGUAAACUGACAUUUCAACAUUGCAGCGUGUUACAAGUGUAACCAGUACAACCAGCUCCCUCUUAUUGGACAGAACUUAUCCAUUGUUUUCCUCCAUCACAGCAAUACCACAACUCAUUAAAUUACUUUAAACCUGGCAGUUUAUGAUCAUAUUGGACUGAAGGGAUCAGAAAACACUGAGUGGGGAUGUUUAUAUAAUAAGACAAACAUGUGUCACCUGUAACUCUGUGGGUCAUCAUUUAUCAUCAUUUUCAGUGCAGAUGUGAGCAUUAAAACACUUGUUUUCAUCCGUCUCUUUUCUGAGACUGCUUGUAAUUAUUUUACUAAUUAGAUUAACUUUGUUGAAAGUGUCUCACAUUUUUAGCUUGUUGAAGGUUUGUAUGUGUUUAACAGUGCAUAUAUAGUAAAUGACAACCAUUUC